UUGAUUGGAUAAAAGUGACGUGUUUACAAUUCUUCCGCGAAGAUAUUACGCUUCAAAACCGAAAAAACAGUGGGGUAGAUCAGUUUUUUCAGUUUAAAUAAGAGAUAUUUGUUUUAAAACUUUUUACAAUGGACAUAUUUUGAGUCCUUGCUAAAUUCCGCGUCGAUUGAUGUGUAUAUCAUUAUUAUUUGACUGAUAAAUAGCAUUGAAAAAUAAGAACAAUUGUAAAAUCUAGGGUUGCUUGACUUCGGCGCUCGGAGGCCGUGACGUCAUCGCGCGCCGUGAACACAAUUUUUCGCGACGUAACCCCUGACGAUUAUCAGAACUUGAUUUUUCAUUUUUACAAUAAUCAUUGUUCAGCCAUAACACCCUUAAAAGCUAUGCCAUCAUUGGCCAAUAAAUGUGACGUCACGGGCGAACGAAAUCUGAUUGGUCGGCCGCUGAAGUUUUCCCGCUUUUGAGACUGGUUGACAACAAAAUUGAGGGCCGCUGGAAAAUCAGGAAAAACAGCCGAAAAUGUCGUCCCAAGCGAGUAUUACGAAUUUUUUCGGCAGCAGAAAAAGAGCGGCGACCAACUCGACGCCCAGCAGGUCAAAACUUUUGAUUUUGGAGGCUCAGGGUGCGGCCAAAAAGAAGCUCAAGACGAUCGCCGUCGACGUCACACCAAAGCAAGCAGACACCGUUUUGGAAAAGGUGAAAGAGGCGCCGAGAAAGGCAACGGAGAAACCGGAGAAGGCCAAGGCGUCUCGCUCCCUGAAUUUUGACGAGCUGAAGAAAAGGAUUCGAGAAAAUGCACCUGCCAGGGAGAAGCUUAAAGCUAGUCUGGAUAAGUUCCAAAAGCUGGACGCCAAAUUGCAGAUCAAACCGUUUGAAGAGCCCCUGGAAUUUGAUGUUCCUGAGAGCCCAAUUAAGAAGCCGAUCUACGCAAGUCCCUUGAAAAGCCCAGCCAAGUCUCCUGUGAAGAGCAUUUUGCCACAAUCGCCAAUCAAGGCUCGUGUUAGUCUCAAAUUUGAGAGUGAGAAGGAGGGCCUUAUCCUUCCUCAGUCCUACCAAGCUCUGCACUCCUCCUUUAAGGCCAUGGACGUUGCUGCAUGCAUGCUCGAGAAUCGGAAGGAGACGGUGACGCUGAGCAAAGUUUCCACUGCGGUUGAGCAAAUUUCCAGGAGGAACUUUGGCAGAGAAAAACUUGGACAAAUCAAGACUGUGGAUCCUGCUUGUGUUGACUGCAAACUUGUUAAGGACGACCUGGAACUCAACAUGAAUUUCAUCAAGGACGCUCAAGGCAAGUCCUGGUCUUGUCUUCCGGAGAGAGAAAAAAGCUUCCGUGCCAAACUGAUUGAAAUAGUUAAGACCUACCAUCAGGAAUUCCUGAUGCAACUGAGACCACCUUUAGAAAUUGCUCCAGAAAAAGUUGUCAGGUGGCACCCAGAGUUUGAACCAAAUUUGGUUCCAGAAAUUAAACCAUCGCCUUUGCCAGAGGCUAACAAGAACAAAAUUUACACAGCUUCGGAAGUGCUUGAGGCCAACUCUUGGCUCAAGUCCAACACUCGUGUUGCACAGGCCCUGGCUAAAUUGCAAGACGAAAAGAAGGACGAGAAACCUGAGGAUGCAAAGGCUGAGGAACCUCCUCUUAACCCUUGCUUCAAAGGAUUGCCAGCUUCUCUUUUGGCCAAAGUUCGGCAGAAACAGGCUGAGAAAGCUCGAAUUGCCUCUCUGGCUAUAAUGCGUCCCUCUCACCAAGAGAAGGAAGUCCGACGUAUGGAGAGACUUCCUGUGCUUGCCAAGUACAUGAGGAACAUCUUUGUCAGUGAGAAAAAGUCUGUGUUGCGGAUGGACUUGCUCAUACAGCGACUUUCAAACUGUUUCCCGCACCCACUGCCUAAUGACGAGUUCCAGCAACACAUUGAUCUUAUCCUAAAAGGCGCUCCUCACUGGGUCGAGAAAAUUUCCCUCAGAAGAGAUGUUUAUGUGAGGGUUGUUAAAGAUGUUGAGUUUGAGCAACUCCAGUCGACUCUCGAAAAAAUGCAGACCCAUAAUAACUGAUUUAUAACAAUUGACUUUUGGACUUGUUUUGUAUUUUACAAAAUGUGUGAUUUUUGUAAUUAUAUAUUGAUGUUUUUCUGUGAAAAUAAAAGUUGCUAGAUUUCAA